AUGGAGCAUGAUGAUGGGAAUUCAAACAAUCAAGUGGCGAGACAGCUUCUGUCGAAGAAGAAAGGGAAUCGUAGAUGGAAGAGUGAGGAGCUCGUGUACGACAAUGACGAAGGGCGCUAUGUGCAAGCGGCAAAAGCUAUUUCCAAGACUGAAAAGUUCCGAAAAUUUUGUAUAAGGAAGGUUCAUCGCUUGCAGUACAACUUGCAGAUAUGGGUUUCUGUUGUCGCGUCCGCCAGCAUUUUCUGCUCUUGUCUGGUAGCCGAAAUGUGCGGAAUAUCCGCAAUCGGCCCGGAGGACCAACGAUGUGAUUCGAGUGUAAAUCCCCUCAAGUACGUCUGCACGUUCUUCUCAGUGAUACUGCAAAGUGAAAUCCAUCACUUGCACAGCAAUGAAUGGAAUCAGCCAUUCCAGGGUUUUCUCAAAAAUUUGAAGUACUAUUGGAAGGGAGUUCUGACGGAAUUGUUAAUUUGUGGUGUUCAUACCUUCCCUGGAGUUUCAUUCGUCAUGAAAGUUUCUGCUUAUACGUUUGGAAUUGGUCCUAGCAACGUGGAAUUUCGAUUUGAAAGUUUCAUGGCAAUCUUCUCGUUUCUGAAAAUCUAUCUUCUUUGGAGAAUGUUCCGCAUGUGGUGUUUCUCUCAUUACCUGUCCGAGUCGUUCUUAAACUACAUGGAAAACCCAGCGAUCGACAUGCGCGCCACUGAUUUGCCAAUGAAUGCGAGAAUGGCGUUGAAGUUGGCGUUGCACCAAUUUCCCCUCGUGACCAUGUUCAGCUUUAUCACCGUGUUCCUCUUCGUUUCCAGCUACCUGAUGCGAUUGUCGGAAGGUCCCUUCAACAAGGAUCAAGCUUUUUCUUUCCUCAACCCAAUGUGGCUGGUCACGGUCACCAUAUCAACAACUGGGUAUGGCGAUAUCGCUCCUGUGAGCUAUCUUGGGCGUGCUAUCGUCGUAGGAGUGAUGAUCAUCGGAACCUUGUACAUAUCAGCUGUUACAGCAACUUUUGGGGAACAUCUUUCCUUCACAAACAUCGAGCAAGAGCUCAUGCACAAGGUUGAGAACGAGCAGUGGCAGUAUCGGCUCGCCGAGGCUGCUGCUAGCGUUCUUCAGGCAGCAUUUCGGAGGAGAAAAGAUGACAAGAAGUUAGCGAGCCAGCGCUUCAAGAAGAUGAGAGACGAGUACGCAGCGUGGUGCAAAGACAACCCGGACGUGGAGAAGCUUGACAAGCCGUUGUUCAUCGCCGAGAAGAUCGAGACACCCAAGAAGGAGCUCCAAGAUGGGCUAAAAGACAUGGAGAGAGUUUUUCUGACAGAAAUCCACAAGAUCGUCAAUAUCGUCUCUGAGAAUCGAGUAUCCCAGGGCUCAGUUGAGAACUUUGCGAUGAGGCACUCCCAGUCCUCUACCGAGUUCGUGGCACGCAACGCCAGGGCGUACCUCUCCGACUCGAACACAGAGUUUAACAGGUCCGAGAUGCUCUCGGACAACGAAGAGCCCUUGUUCGAUGACAGUAUCUUCUUCACCAAGAUGGAGACGAAAAUCAGCAAGAUCCUGGCCUACACCAGCGACGUCGCCAACAACCGAAACCUGAGGAAAUUCAUCGAUGCCUUGAAGCGGCAUGGAAAACAAGACGUUCAGAGCAAGCGAGACAUCCUGGUCAACAGCCUGGCGAUGCUCGACCUCGUCAGCGUGCUCGUGCGACGGGCAGACGCGCAGAAGAGGAAGCUGAAGGAGCAAACGCUCAUCAUCGAGGCCCUCCGCGAUGACUUUGAGUCCUUCGCUUCUCCCCGAGGGUCAUCGAACAAGCCAGUGGAGGACAAGAGAUCGAAGAGCCUCACGCUGGAAAAAAUGGAGGAGUUCAAACAGAACAGUCUCUACACCACAUGGUCGGAGGCCAUAGCUGAGAAGGACAAAGCGGACAGGCUCGCGAAAGAUCUUUCGCAGUCAAGAGUGACGAGGUUGUUCUUCAGCUGCUUCUACAACACCCUCUCAUCGUACUAUGGCAGGGCGAGGCGGAGUGAAGACCUAUCGAUGUACCAGAAUUCUGGCAGGCUCAAGGAUAUGAUGACAAGACCCGACAGCUACAAGAAGAAGCAGCCUGUCAGCGUCAACGCCGAACUUUGCAUGGCCAGGUCCGUCCCUGAGAAGCUUUCGCCCCUGAUCCUGCCUCCACAGCGAGUUCAAGAAGACUACUUCCUCUGA